AAUGUAUCUCCGUCAUGGGCUGCCCAACCAUCGGUCACUCAUCGUAGGAAUACACAUCAUCUUACACCAUUUGAAAUAAGAAUGAUGAGAAACGUUCAAAGUUUGGACUUCUCAGUCAAUGACAAUCUAUUACUUCGCGAGGAUUUAGAGAGCAAGACGAGAUAUAAACACUUGAAGAAGACAUUUGGUAAAUGGAUAAUAUGUCUUUCAAUGGGCAUUAUAACAGGUUCAAUAGCAUACAUACUAAAGACAACAGUUAAUCAUCUCCAAGGAUGGAAGUUCUCCGUCGUUCAAAACUUCAUCACAUCAGAAUCACCGACAUAUGCCUUCCUAUCAUUCGCCGGAAUCAACAUGCUAUAUGCCGUCAUCUCUUUGUUGAUGGUGCUGAGCGCUGGCCCAAUGGCUAGCUCUUCGGGUAUCCCCGAGGUCAAGGGCUACUUGAAUGGAGUCAAGGUGCCCAACUCACUGGGCUUCAAACCAUUGUUUGGCAAGAUCUUCUCGCUCAUCAUGUCGUACUCGAGUGGUCUGUUUGUCGGACCCGAAGGCCCCAUGAUCCACAUUGGUUCGGCGAUCGGUGCCGCCGUCAGCCAGUUCCGUGUGGCCUCACUGGGCUUCUAUCCCAAGCUCUUUUUGCAGUACCAGAACGAUCGCGACAAGCGUGACUUUGUCACGGUGGGCUCGGCCUCUGGUAUCUCGGCGGCCUUUGGCGCACCGAUUGGUGGCGUGCUGUUCUCGAUCGAGGAGGCGUCGUCCUUUUGGUCGCGACAACUGACAUGGCGAACAUUCUUCUGUUGCAUGAUUGCGACGUUCACCACCAACUUCUUGCUGCAGGGUGUUGGCACGUCGCCUGACAUGCGUGACUCUGGCAUGCUCACCUUUGGAUUCUCUCGUCUCUACCUCUACCGCUACUCAGAGCUCUUCUGCUUCUGCAUCCUCGGUGUCAUUGGAGGUCUAUUCGGUGCCGCCUUUGUAUUUCUAAACAUACAUCUCAACAAAUGGCGAAGAGACUACCUCAAGAAGAAUGCUCUCCUUCGUUCAAUCGAGGUUGUUGUUGUCAUGAUGGUCACUUCAAUCAUUUGUUUCUACUCUCCCUCACUCUUCCCAUGUCGUUAUCAAUCAAACAUUGUUGUUGAGCCAUCAGUGUGCCAAGAUCAAACCAAUGCCGAGAUGGAGCAGUUCUUCUGUCCAGAUGGAAUGUAUAGUGAGAUGGCAUCAUUGUUGUUUGUCAAUCCUGAUCAGGCGUUGAGAAGACUGUACUCUAGGACGUACAACACAUUCACAUUGCCAGUGUUGGUCGUGUUCACAUUCAUCUACUUCUUCCUCUCGAUCAUCACGUCAGGUCUCUGGGUGGCCGGUGGUCUGUUCGUACCAAUGAUGAUGGUGGGCGCCGGCUUUGGCCGUUUCUUUGGCCAGGUGGUCAGCAUGUACUUCUCAGGCAUCGAUCCAAGCAUCUACGCACUCAUUGGCACAUCGGCAAUGAUGGCUGGCUAUUGCAGAAUGACUAUAUCACUGGUGGUCAUCAUGGUGGAGCUGACAGAGGGCACUCAAUAUCUCGUGCCACUCAUCCUGGCUGUGAUGAUAUCAAAGUGGGUGGGCGACUUCUUCAACGAAUCGGUCUACGAGCAUUUGAUGGAGCUCAAGUACAUCCCUUUCCUGCAGAGUCUGCCACCGCACUCCAAGGCCGCCAAGAAGGUGCCCGAGAUCAUGAAGCGCCAGGUGGUGGUGCUGCCUGAGAUCUGCACUGUGCGCGUCUUGCUCGAGACUCUGCGAACCAACAAUCACAACGGAUACCCUGUGGUGUACACUGGCGAGAACGGAUCGAAGCGACAGUACCGCGGACUGGUGUUGCGAAAUACCAUCCUCGUGCUCCUCAAGCACAGGAUCUACUAUCGCGGACUUGGUCGCGAGAUCAUCCUCGACGACAACUUUAGACACAAGCAGUUCAUCAAGGAGACCUCCAAGAAGGCGCCCAAGAUCGAGGAUCUUGAGUUCCACAAGUAUGAAGAGGAAAGACUGAUCGACCUCAGGCCAUAUAUGAACAGCUCAGGCAUUACAAUCCACGAUACAUUCUCCUACGUUGAAGCAUACAAGUUGUUCAGAACAAUGGGUCUGAGACACUUGGCAGUCAUCGAUAUCAACAAUGAUGUUAUUGGAAUAGUUACAAGGAAGGAUUUACUUUAA